CUUCACUCUCCAGUUCCUCCACCACUCACAGCUGUAGGUAUUCUCAGGUGUAGCAGCUCACUUUGAAACCAUGGCCCAGGACAUGACUCUGCUGUGGGGCUCCGGCUCUCCUCCCUGCUGGAGGGUCAUGAUCACUCUGGAGGAGAAAAAGCUGCAGGGCUACAACCAGGAACUGCUCUCCUUUGAGAAAAUGGAGCAUAAGUCAAAGAAAGUCAUGGACAUGAAUCCCAGGGGACAGCUUCCCUCCUUCAAGUACAAAGACUAUACCCUGAAUGAGUCCUAUGCUGCCUGCAUGUACCUGGAGAGCCAGUUCAAGUCUGGAGAGAAGCUGAUCCCUGACUGCCCCGCUGAGAAAGCAAUGAUGUACCAGCGCAUGUUUGAGGGGCUCACCCUCAACCAGAAAGCGGGGGACGUUAUCUACUACAACUGGAAGGUCCCGGAGGGAGAGAGACACGACUCGGCUAUAAAGAGAAACAGAGAGGCUCUGACUGCUGAGAUAAAGCUGUGGGAGGGAUACCUGCAGAAGGGACCAGGCCCUUUCCUGGCAGGAAAGAGCUUUUCACUGGCUGAUGUGACCGUUUUUCCAGGCAUUGCUUAUCUCUUCCAUUUUGGGUUAUGUGAAAAGCGUUAUCCUAAACUGGCGGCCUACUAUAACUCUCUGAAAGACAGACCCAGCAUCAGAGCUACCUGGCCUCCUACCUGGAAGGAGAGCCCACAGCCACAAGACCUGCUGAAAGACAUCUGAGAGUCAAACACACAUUAGCUGACACUAUGGAAAUGUUCCUGUUGGGUAUAUGUAACCACUCCUUGCACUGCACUACUGUUGUUGGCUGAAUUUAUAAGAAAUAUACACUUGCUGUUGCUGUGGUUGUUAUUUGCUUGCAUAAUUUGUUUGUGACCUAAACAGCAGAUGAUUAUUUUUGUGCUGUUAACAAAAGCAAUAAAAACUGACUUUCA